UCUCCUCCUCCCUCUUCGCAAAGUCGCUGCAGCCAGCGACCCAACCUCUCUCUCCGUCCGCUGUGUUGUUUUCGUUUCCCUCUCCACUUUCCUUCCCUUUCCGUCCCUUCUCUCCCCUGAGUCUCUCUCUCUACAGGGGGGAGGGGAGCGAGAGGGGUUUAGGGUGCGUGCGUCCGCCUCGGCGCGCGCGCUGGAGGAGUAGGCGAGCGAAUUGAGGCCCAGGGGGUCGCGGGGUGUGUGCUUCGUCCUGUUCCUUGGAAGAUCCCCGGGCGCCGGCGAACGCGAGGAGCGCGUCCGAUCUGCUCUGCCGGUGAGGUGUAUACGACUGGGAGCUAGACAGGACUGUGCUUCAUCUAAGCCUGCACUAAAAGACAAAAGAUAGUGCAGGUAGGGAAAUAUGCAGGAGAGGCUAGAGCAAUGGUUCCAUGAAUCUCGUGAGAUCAAUCUAUGUUUCUCAACUUCUUCUAUGCCACCUCAGAUGAAUCCUUCCAUUGAGGUCGGGACAAGAAAUGUGAGGCCUGUACCAUUUGAAAUGGUAUCUGGUAAUUCACAAACUGUUAGACAUGAUGCUGGUCCUGCUGAAGGUAUUGACUUCACUGCAAAACCAGUUCAAAAGCCUAAGAAGAAAAAGCACAGGCCAAAGGUCAUUAAAGAAAAAAAAUCAGCAAAGCCACAGAAGUCUAUAAUUCCAAAGGCUCCCAAGGACAAGGAGAAUCCGUCAACUGGUAAGAGAAAGUAUGUCCGAAAAAAAGUACUAAAUACACCAGCAAACCAACCUCCAUCAGAGAAUGCUGAUGUACAGAAUAAAGCUGAACCAAUACCAGCCAGAAGAAGCUUGAACUUUGGUGAGGAAGAUCGACAAGGAAAUGUAAAUCUAGUAUCACAAGCUCCAGUUACACAGAUACCUACCACUUCAGAGGAUCCUCAGUCAUCAAUAUAUGCAGUUGAAACAAAUCCUGUGCAAGUGGAAUGCCAUUGGGAUGGCACCAGCAGCUCAAUUUCUGCCUCAGUCAAUCCAGUGGCUAAUUUGCGAGAACUACAGGCAAAUAAUGUGUCAAACAAAGUAAGUUUUGACCUCAACCAUUCAAUUAAUCAGAUUCCAAGCAAGUGUAAUAAUCUUAUGGAUAGUUCUGGCCAAUUCUAUCAAUCAGAAAAUGCACCUAGAUCUGACCAGAUGGUUCGUGGUUAUAUGAUGCCAGAAAGUCAAGUUCCACAUCCUCAGCAUACUGAAAGAGUCUCAACAAUGCAAAGUUCCAACCCUGAAAGAGAAGCUGCGAUAAUCAACCAAAUGCUCCAUGGUUACAGAGUACCAGAAAACUCAGUUACACCUUCCAUGCACAGUGAAAGGAAUGCAAUGAAUGACAAUUUGAACGGAUAUUCUAUGAAGAGUGAAUAUUUCAGGUUUGCCACCAACCAGAACCAUGAUGAAGCUUCUUUUUCUCUUCCUAGUUCUUGCGACUUCCCCAAUGUUCUCACAAUAGGCAAGAAAAGGGAGCAUAGUGCUAUCAAUGGUCCUAUGGUUUCUGUAGACAUGAACUUUGAGCACUCAAAUAGUUCAAGGCCUAUCUAUAAUCCCCAUUGCCCCAGUUCUCGAACAUCUCAUUUUACUGAAACAUGCAAAAAGAUGAGGUCAGAUUCUUAUAGGAAUUGGCUGAAUGGAGAUGAUAACAAGGUUUCUUACCCAUCAGCAUAUUUGCCCAGUAAUUGGAAUACAAAUGAAAUUUCACAAAGAAACUCUGGAGUUUGUACCUUGGCGGAUGUGCAGAGGUCGAUGGCCCUUGAGAAAUCACGAUCAUACCAACGGACAAUUGGCUUUGCGAUGCCAGAUAACGACAGGGUUGCAAGACCAAACAUGGUCCAACAACAUAACAAACCUACUCUGUGCGACACCAGUAACACAGAUCUUUUUGCUUCACAUGACAGACAGCUUAGAUACUUCACUUCACAGCAGACACAACGGCCUGAAAAUAUGAUGAAUUUACCAGGAGAAAACAAUAUUCAGAGGAUAGGAAGCUAUCAACUUCAGUCUUUGGGAGUCAGACCUGCUCUGCAUUACUCUACUGAAAGAGAUUGUAUUGCUUUACCUGACAAACAGUCAAGAUACUUAACUGCAGAGCACACACAACUGCCUAGUUGUACAGCCAAUCCUUUGAUAGAAAACUAUACUCCAAAUGAUGGUAUACCUCAACUCCAAUAUUUGGAAAACCUCAUGGUUAAAGGGUCAGAGUUAGUUCCAGCAACACAUAAUGCUUCCACUCAUGAUGAUACUGUGAACAACAACUGCGUUGCUAGUCCUGAUGAGCAGAUCAGAAAGACAAGUGCUGUAGCUGUUGGGCAACCAAUAAGUAAAUCAGCAAGAACCGAUCACUGUUUUCUAGAGGCUUCUAGAGAAAACGAAGCAGCAAAACCCACCAAGAAGCCAAAAGCUAGGGGCCGCCCAAGGAAAGAAGCAACCAGUGGGAAGCCAAAAGGCAGAGGUAUAAGGACAGAAAAGGUUGAUUCUGCAAAAUGUGUAUCAUCAAGAGAUAAACACACAGAUCUUUUAAACAGUGGUCGUAUUUCUUGUGGCUCUGAACCUUCUGCAGGAAUUACCCCCAAUGCGACAUCAAAAGACAAACACAAUGAUGUUUUAAACAAUAAGCAUAUUUCUUGUGGCUCUCAACCUUCUGCAGGAAUUACCCCCAAGGCAACAAUGUCGGAGUCAGAAAGAAAUGUGAACAUAAUAUCAAGCAAUUUGGAGAUCCCUGAUCAUAGUAAUUAUAUUAGCAUAGGUGGUUCCAAGCAUAUUCAUGCAGGAACGAUUACUGAAGUUAUAGCACUAUCAAGUGAUCCUAUAGAUGCUGUAAUUCAAAAGUUAAAGCUUUUGUACAUAAGCAAACCUGAUCAGGUUGUCGCAGCUGUUUCUAAUAAAGGCGCAUUUGGUGCACUGGUUCCAUUUGAGGGGAAUGUAAAGAAAAAACGUUCUCGAGCCAAAGUGAACAUGGAUCCAGUAACCGCGUUGAUGUGGAACUUACUAAUGGCACCAGAUAUGUGUGAUGGCGCUGAAGGGAUGGACAAGGAUAAAGAGAAGUGGCUUGAAGAGGAAAGAAAAGUGUUCCGAGGAAGAAUCGAUUCAUUUAUUGCUCGCAUGCACCUAGUUCAGGGGGAUAGACGCUUCUCUCCUUGGAAAGGAUCAGUUGUGGACUCUGUUGUGGGUGUAUUUCUCACUCAGAAUGUUUCGGACCAUCUUUCUAGUUCUGCUUUCAUGUCGGUUGCUUCGAAAUUUCCAGUUAAACUGGAAGACCCUGAAAAACCUGCAGCACGUGUAUCCCAUACACCUCCUGAACAGAACGAUAAUUGUUCUGGACUAUUUGGUGACUCUGUCAAGCUGCAAGGGAAGUUUUCUGUUCAAGAGAUAAUCACUACCGAAUAUAAUGAAGGAAGUAACAGUAGCGAAUUGACUGGAAAUUUUUCUGGUGAUGGAUUUAACCGUGCAGCUGGAGAAUGUUCUGUUCCAUACCAGAAGUCCCUAACUGGACUGCACGAAAAUGGGCCAUCAGGAUUUGUUGUUCAAGAGAGUGGCGUUGCAUGUAUAUUAGAAGCUGAAGAUGGACCAAUGGAGGAUGCUAUCUCUUCACAAAAUUCUGCUGUUUCUUCUCAACAUUCGCCAGAUUAUCUAUUUCACAGAACUGAUCCUGUGGGAUUCAGUUCAUUGCCAUACUUUAUUGAAGAAGACUACAUCAUGAGAAAUUUGUCUAACAGGAUGGCGAGUUCAACUACAUAUGCAGAGCAUUUACCAAUGCAAGAUUUUGUCAACAUGCCUAGUGAAAAGUUUGGAUCAUCAGAAUAUCAGGGAGUUAACCGUCUUCCAGUUCCAGGUGUGAAUAAGGAUGUGAUGCUCGAUCUAAACAGAGCUUAUCAGCCUGUAAAUACUUCUAUGUCCUAUGUUCAGAAUGGCCAGGUAGAUUUGGUGGGUGUCCCGUAUGGAAACCAUUUGGACAAUUCAUUCUGCAUAGGCCUUGAUGGAGUGCAUCAUCCCAAUGUUACAAAACCUGAGGCUAGCUUUUAUCAGUUAACAUCUGCUUUUACCAUGGCCAACAAAAAUAAAACCCAAAAGGCUGAUUCUUCAAGCAAACUUCUAUACUGUAUGGAUGAGUCUUUAGUCAAGGAGAGUUCUCAUUUCCCUUCCGAGCCUUCACAAAAGGAGGGUUAUUCACCAAUUAGACAAAACUUUCAGCCAUUAACUAGUUUAGGGAAUGUGCCAUUGUCUAGGGAGGAUUUCUUUUCUGAACACAGUUGUUCGAGGAACGAAGCUGAAGAUCCAUUUGUGCAACAACAUGAGUGGUCAAAUUUGCAAGAGGUAUGCACAACCAGAACAAAGCAAAUGGGAGGUCAGUCAGGAUGCAUCCAACAUGAAAAUGAUACGAGACUUCAGGCAAAAACAUGUGAAAAUUAUUAUUAUUCAAACUUGUGUGAGAACCAAAAUGCCCAGUCAGAGGUCUCACAAGUAGUUGCGUCAGAUCCCGUAAGGAAAUCAGAAGCUACUCGAAAGGGUCCAUUGGAAGUUCCUACAGAUAAAUCAAAAGGAAAGAAGGUGCGAGGUCAGACCAAAAAGAAAGCUUAUGAUUGGGAAAAUUUAAGAAAAGAAGUGUCCUGCAAUGGCGGGAAUAAACAAAGAAGCCAUAACACAAAGGAUUCCGUUGACUGGGAAGCAGUACGGCAAGCAGAUGUGAGGGAUAUAUCUGAAACUAUAAGAGAGCGAGGAAUGAAUAAUGUGCUAGCAGAACGAAUAAAAGAAUUUCUAAAUCGAUUGGUGAGUGACCAUGGAAGUAUUGACCUUGAAUGGCUGAGAGAUCUUCAACCAGACAAAGCAAAAGAUUACCUCCUAAGCAUUAGAGGGCUUGGACUCAAAAGUGCUGAGUGUGUUCGUCUGUUGACACUACAUCAUAUGGCUUUUCCUGUGGACACCAAUGUUGCUCGGAUAUGUGUCAGGCUUGGCUGGGUGCCUCUUCAACCCCUGCCUGAGUCUCUUCAACUGCACCUAUUGGAACUUUAUCCCAUGCUGGAACACAUACAGAAAUAUCUUUGGCCUCGAUUAUGCGAGCUUGAUCAACUGACUUUGUAUGAGCUUCACUACCAAAUGAUAACUUUUGGAAAGGUUUUUUGUACAAAAAGUAAGCCUAAUUGCAAUUCAUGCCCAAUGAGAGCUGAAUGUAAGCACUUCGCUAGUGCAUUUGCGAGUGCAAGGCUUUCUCUACCUGGACCCGAGGAGAAGAGUUUGGUUGCUUCGGAAGCUACAAAUGCAGCAGAGAGCUGCCACCAAACAUACAUAGAUCCAAGGCCUGUGGGUCAACUUGAGUGGAACACAAACGAUUGUAGGCAUCCUGGUUCUGGUAACCAUCAGCCAAUUGUUGAGGAACCAUCAAGCCCAGAACCUGAACCAGAAAUUGCAGAAACAAAACAAGUUUCAAUAGAGGACUUCUUUACUGAGGAGCCUGAUGAAAUUCCUACCAUCAGUCUUAACAUCAAGGAGUUUAAACAAAACCUGAAGAGUUAUAUGCAGGCCAACAAUAUCGAGAUUGAAGAUGCUGACAUGUCAAGGGCCUUGGUUGCUAUAACUCCUGAAGCUGCUUCUAUUCCAACUCCAAGGCUCAAGAAUGUCAGUCGCCUGAGGACAGAACACCAAGUAUAUGAACUGCCGGACUCGCACCCUCUUCUGGAAGGAUUUGACCGAAGACAGACGGAUGAUCCCUGCCCAUAUCUUCUUUCUAUAUGGACCCCAGGCGAAACAGCACAAUCAACUGAUGCACCAAAGACAUUCUGCAACUCCGAGGAAACCGGUAAACUAUGCGGAAGCUCAACAUGCUUUAGUUGCAGCAGUGCACGGGAAGUGCAGGCUCGAAAAGUCAGAGCAACAAUUCUGAUACCAUGCCGGACAGCAAUGAGAGGAAGCUUCCCACUUAAUGGGACAUAUUUUCAAGUUAAUGAGCUUUUUGCUGACCAUUACUCAAGCCAAAAUCCAAUCGAUGUUGAGCGAAGUUUGAUAUGGAACCUCCCAAGACGAACAGUUUACUUUGGAACAUCAAUUCCUACAAUUUUUAGAGGUCUAACGACUGAAGAGAUACAACAAUGCUUUUGGAGAGGAUUUGUAUGCGUGAGGGGCUUUGAUAGGAAACUUAGGGCACCAAGACCGCUUUUCCCAAGGUUACAUUUUCCUGCAAGUAAGGUUACAAGAGACAAAAGGCAUGCUGCGGCGUGAGAGGACGAAUAGGCCAUUGCAAAUAGAGAAAACGAAAUCAUACAUAAAAGGAUCUAACCAGAAGAUGGAUAGCCCCAAAAGGGAGUGCUGACCCAAUAAGUUGCUGGAUCAUUUCUAACCGAAUGGUGUGUCAGCUGUAAUGAAUGCCAAUAGCUUGCGAAUUUGUGACGCCAACAUUUUGCGGGGGACAUUGCCUGUUAAUUUGGACUUCAUCUUUGGCAUGAGCAGAGCUGUUCUUCUCAGGCAGUAGUGCAGCGCAUUAUUUACUCCUAGAAUUUAAUACAACAAAUGAACACCAAGUUUACAAUCCACCAUUCUAAUUGUACUGUGCUUGACUGGGUGGAAUCAAUUGUUGUACAACAGCCUACAGAAGGAUUGAUCCGUCCUAUACAAUUGCCAUACAUGUUGUUUGAUUACUGUUCAGAACGUAGAUGCAUGGUUUAAGCAUGAGACGACGGGAAUGUGUUUGUGUUUUA